CUUGAAGGUUGCAGUGCAGCUUUUUGAAGAAAUCAAUCAAUGGGAUCGAGCUCUUUGUAAUGUCAUGAUCUCAAGCUUUGCAUGGCAUGGUCGAUGGAGGGAUUCCAUGUGGCUUUUUGUGUAUGCCUUAAGGGACAACCUCGGACCAAUUGAGAUUACACUGAGCAGUGUGCUGAGCUCCAUUUCAGUUUUCACACCUGUGGAGUUGGGCAGUCAAAUUCAUAAUUUGGUUCUUAAGUUGGGUUUUGAGUCUGAUGCCAUUGUCACUAGUUCGCUGGUAGACAUGUAUGCUAAAGUUGGAUCAAUUGAUAGUGCCAUGAAAGUCUUUGUCGAUAUGCCCGUUAGAGAUUUAAUAUCUUGGAACACUAUGAUUAUGGGUCUGGUUAACAAUGGUAAAUACUUUGAUGCCCUACACACUUUUAAUAAAUUGGUCAAGGAAGGUGUACUUGCAGAUAGGAUAACACUAGCUGGAGUCUUAUUAGCUUGCAGUUAUGCUGGUUUUGUCGAGGAAGGGCUAGUCAUCUUCUCUACAAUGACAUAUGAACAUGGAAUUGUGCCAAGGAAUGAACAUUAUUCUUGCGUGGUGAACUUGCUGAGUUGGGCUGGUAAAUUUGAAGAAGCAGUGAAUAUUAUUAAAACAACACCAUGCCAACCUACUUCUACAUUUUGGACAUCACUUCUUGGUGUCUGUGCAAUUCAUGGAGACCUGAAAGUCAUUGAAAGAGUUGCAGAGAGGGUGAUGAAGCUGGAACCGCAAUCAUCCCUACCGUAUUCGGUGCUGGCUCAAGCGUAUGCAAUGAGAGGUCGAUGGGAAAGCACCGUUCGUGUCAGGAAGACCUGGGAGAAUAUAGCUGCACAAAAGGUGAAGGGUUGCAGCUGGAUUGUGACAAAAGAUUAUGCAUAUGCCUUUGAGGAUGACCAAUUACAACAUCUGUGGAGAGAAAUUUCAGUGUUGGAAUUAAUUAUCUGGGAGGUCGAAUAUGGAAUUGUCUAUGAUCAACGUAUUUAAGGAAACAAUACAACGAAAAUAUUUUGUGAUAUUGAUGAUAUGAACCAUAAACCUCAAAUUUAUCGAGUUCUUAAUAGCCAAGGGCCAACAUCUGAAGCUUUGAGGUUGUGGAUUCUCCAAGGAUCACACUGAGCAUGAGCUCCAGACUAUCCUUAGCAACCUGUGGAUAAGAGGUGAUACACGUAUUGUUCUAGGAAUCCUUCAUUGAAUGCCUCAUCCAAAUAAGUUCUUGCUGGAUUUGAAGAUAUUGUUUCAUUUUUUGCAGCAAAUCUGAUGUUCUGUUAACAGACUGCAGCUUUGUUCUGAUGUUUACCAUCUAUUCUCUCUGCAUUUGUGUGGGUUUGCAAUGGUGCGAUACCAAUUGAAAGUAUUCCCGGGGAUGUUUUCUGGAACUAACCUUUGUGCAAUGGAGGAUGAAGUUUGGAAGAAAACUGAUGCAUACAUAUUAAUGCUUCAGGAGACUGUGGAGAGAUGUGAAGAAGAAGGCGUAAUGCCUCCCUCCAACUCCUUAUUGUCCAUUUUUAUCACUAUGGGCACCUGCUACUUUAAAAAAUUACAUCAUCCAUGAUUCUUUUUUGAGUUUUAAUUUUUCAAGCUUGCUCACCUUAACCCUAUCUUAACUUUUAUCUCAUUGAAAAAUCUAAGUUUUAUGUUGAAUUAACGAUGGAAGUUAUUUCCCAUUACAGUAUCCAAUUUUUUCUGUUGGCCAUUCAAGAGCAAUUCAUGUUCAAGAGCUUAUUGUGAAGAAAAUAGGGUAUUGAGCUAUCCAGCCUAUUGAAUCUUAUAACCCUCAUCAAGUCAAGUCACUCACUAACUAAGCUGCAAAUACGCGCUAAACAGUGAAAUUAUAGAGCGAGUUUGUCGAGGUACUAUAAUGGGUUCGAAGCAUGCUACUAGGAGAAAGAUAAGCUAUGUUCUGUAAUUCCAACGCUACAACAAACUCAGUGAUACCUUGCAUUUCUGCUUGAAGGGUGAGCAGUAUUAGUUUUAGUUGCCUUUGUUGAUAUAUAGUAAAACCCACCGAUUAUUUAUUCUUUGACAUAAACAUUUUUCAGAUGCAUAAUUAUGUGUUCUGAUCGAAAAUUCGAGGAGAACUGAUCAUAACAAUUGACAAAUUCUUUGCUGAUUGAAAGGUCACUUUGAUGCUAAUAAACUUUGUAGUUUGUAGUUUAUUUUGGCUUUUAGCUUACUCCUGUUGGCGAGGGAUAGGAUAAUUAUAGAAUUUGUAGAAAGGGAUAGGAUAAAUUACUAGAAUUUGUAGAACUGAUACUAUUGUAUGGGAAAGAUCGUAUUGUAUUCAGAAAAUCUUAUGGAAGUGCAUCUAUAUCCCUCCUCCAUUCCAUGCAGUUUAGGUAAGAUAAUUGGUUGAUUUUUCUAAAUGUUUUAUUUAUUCUAGGGUCUUUGUAAGCUCUUGUUCCUCUCAUAGGUUUAAUUACUAAUAGUAGAAAAGACCUAAUCGGUUUUUGUGUUACUGGGGCAGAAAAACUAGAGCAUUAAUUGAGGGAUGGUGAGCACCGAGCUGACUGUUCUCUCCAUCAAAAGCUUCUUGUUCCAGAGUAGCUCUUAGGAUAGCUCAUCUGCACAAAGCAACGCAACUGGUUUGUCUAGUAGCAUUUCUACAGAUCAAGCAUUGGAUGCUGAGUCAUCUUCUUGGGAUGAAAAAAUAGGUUAGGAAGCUGUUGCAUAUUUGCAUAUAUUUAUAUUGUGUGCCCAAACCACCGUUCAGGAAAAAGUGGGGUUCUGGAGAGGGGGGGAGGUGUCUAAGAGCAUAUGCUGAUAGUUAUCACAUCAUUCAACCUCAUCUGGAGAAUUUUGUUUGGUCGUUUGCCAUUUUUAUUUCUCUACUGUGAGAUGGACAUGAGCUUCCACCUGCUAUUCAAUAUGUCAAAAAUGCUGUAAUGCAUUUCCUUCUCAAUUCAGUUGACCUGUUAGAAGUAAAAAGCCAGGCAAUAAAAAGCAAAGACUGAGAGAAUAAGAAAGUGCCUGACACUGGUUUGUCAAAGAAAUGAAUGACAAAGAACAUGGAUGCUUAAGUUUUAACACACAAUAAGCGUUAGCUCUCUUUUUUUUCUCUUCAUUUCCAUGAUGACACCAUGCUGUGCUGUCUGCGGCCUGUGACUGUGAGUUAGGCGACCAGAUUAUCUGACUUGGAAGAGUAACUGAGGUGCAUACUACAUGGAUGUCAGGAUGAUGAGAAAGUAGCUUGCACCAGCUCGGAGGACUUUGCAAGUUUCCACCACCUUGAUUGGAGGUUCCACCGUUUUUUGUUUAUUUUUUGGGUGCUGAUGAAGGGGGGAUUAACUACUGAAAUGGAUUAGCCUCCACCUUUCACGGCUGAAGUUGAUAAUUAAUUACUGUAAAGACAUUGAGUAUUCUGUUUAAGUGUCCAUUUCAAAGAUGGGGCAAAAUGUUUCCCUGUCGUUAUUUUACAGUUAAAGAUAUGUAUUAUGCUUCUUUUCAGGCCAAUUUGUCAUCCUAGGAACAUUUUUCUCUACAGGUGACUUAUUUCCUAAUGAACAAUUUAUUUUUCGAGA